AUCGCCAUUUCAAAAUACCGAAGCUUUAUUGCGCUGUUUAGUUUGUUCAUCGAUGGGGUUUAAAUAAAGAGCCGGAUUAUUUGAAUAACAUUCAAGGUAGACUGAUUGUGAUGGAGCUGCCCAACUACAGCAGGCAGCUGAUGCAGCAGCUCCGUGCCCUGAGGAAGGAGAGUCAGUUCUGUGACUGCUCUAUCCUGGUGGGGGACACACCCCAUCGCGCCCACAAACUGGUGCUGGCCGCCUCCAGUCUGCUCUUUAGGUCUCUGCUGGAGGGCUCGGACAGCAUCUCCAUCGACACGGCCGUGGUGUCGUCCCAGGAGUUCUCCUGCCUGCUGGACAUGGUGUACACCGGAAAGCUGCCCCCAGGGAAACACAACUUCACCCGCAUCAUUGCCGCCGCAGACAGCCUGCAGAUGUUUGACGUAGCUGUGGGUUGCAAGAACAUCCUCACCAACCUGAUGAAUCAGUCGACUACCACCGCCACCACACACACUACACAAUCAGCCUCACCAACCCCACCAUCCGCCGCCAUACAACCACAGCUCCAGAGCCAGGAGGCCGAGCACACAGCUUCCCCAGAGACAGCUGCCCCUAGCAUGGGAGAGGGUGGUGUGAAGAUUGGCCCCUCUGGAGCCCAGGGGAAGGGAAAGGUGGAAGAGGCAGGUUUGGAGAGUGAAGUGACCACAGCAGCCACACGGAGCGAGCCAGUGAAUGUGAAAGAGGAGAGGAAAGAGAAGGAUGGGCCACCAUCUAAAAGAGCUCGCCUUCAACUUCCAGAGAGCACAGCUGAUGUGGACCCCCUGUCCCAGGGAGGAGUCAAGAUGGAUGCAGAGGUGGCAGAUGUGCAGCCGUGGCUCAGAGCACUGCAGACCUGGGACGGCAUCUCCACUGAGGAGAGACAGGUGAUACUGUCCUGCAGUGAGGGGGAUCCCGGGGGUCCUGCUGUGUUUCAGAGACUCCAGAGCAGAGUGAAAGAGCAGAGGAGUCUCUCAGCUCAGACACUACUCACCCUGCUGGGCCUGCUCAAGGAGUUUAACCCCAAUCUGGCAACCCUGCUGCAGGAGCACACUCAGCAAGGAGAGAACAGCAGCCAGGGAGCUACAGGCUCCGAGGCUGAAGAGCCGGAGGAGCAGCCCCAGUCCCCCACUACUGCAGAUGCAGACACCGCCGAGGAAGAAGAAGAGGAGGAGAAUGAAGAUGACGGUGAGAAAGAAGGAGAAGGAGAGAGGAAGGCUAGAUCGAAGGCUAAGCGCUCCUCCCCCUCUCAUCCGUACUCCUGUCGCUGGUGCAGUAAGGCCUUUGGCUUUAAGUGUCGUAUGGUGGCCCACACCAAACGCUGCACCAUGUCCAAGGAGGCUAGGCUGCAGUGCCCUGAGUGCCCAGAGGAGCUGCCCACAUCGCGGGCACUGCAGCUCCACCGCAACAAGGCUCACCCAGAGUCCAAAGCCGCCAAGAAGAAACGGCCGCAGGUGUCCUGUGAUAUGUGUGGCAGGACCUUCGCUCACCCCUCAGGUAUGCUGUACCACAAGCGCACAGAGCACUUUGAGGAGAAGCCGUUUGCGUGUGAGGAGUGCGGGGCCAAGUUUGGGGCCAACUCGUCCCUCAAGAACCACAUGCGACUGCACACUGGAGAGAAGCCUUACCACUGCAAAAACUGUGACAUGAGCUUCAGUGUGGCUGCUGCUCUGGCCUACCACACCAAGAAGAAACACUCUGAGGGUAAAAUGUAUUCGUGUCAGUACUGCGAGGCUCUGUUUGCCCAGUCCAUUGAGCUUACGCGUCACGUGCGCACACACACCGGAGACAAGCCCUACGUGUGCAGGGAGUGUGGCAAAGGCUUCAGCCAGGCCAACGGGCUCUCUGCUCACCUACAGACCUCUCACAACAUCUCGGAGCCUCACGACUGUCAGAAGUGUCGUCUCAGUUUCUCCUCGUUGGAGGACCACAGGAAGCACAUCCAGGAGUGUCACCCUAAGGAGUUCCACCAGUGUCCUGAAUGCAACAAGAUGUUCACCAACCCCACCCUGCUGGAGAAACACAUAGCCGUCCACGCUGGGGGAAAACCAUUCAGCUGCAAGCUCUGCCAGAAGUCCUACCAGCAAAUGUCGGGGCUGUGGUAUCAUAACCGUACCAACCACCCGGAGGUGUUUGCAGGUCAGACCCACCGGCAGCUCAAGUCUCUGCUGCAGUGCAGCGUGUGCUGCAAGUUCUUCCACAGUGCCAGUAGCCUGGCGAAGCACCAGAGGACCGAGCACACAGGCAUGUUUGAUUCUGACGGGCUGCUGUUGGGGAAUCCGGAACUGCAAUCAGACCCAGACUCGUCAGUGGUGAAGUGCCUGUACUGUCCCAGCCUGUUCCCCAGCGAGGCUGAGAUGCAGGAGCACGCCAGCGCCGAGCAUUUCAGCCAGGAGGGGGCAGCGUUCGGCUGCUCUCUCUGCCCGCUGGUCUGCCCCUCCCAGCUGCAGCUCCAGGACCACUUCCUUUCCUGCCACAUAGGGACGAUAGAGGAGCAGGAGCAGGCCUCCACCUCCCAGACGGUGAUUGAGACAGAGGAGGACCCCACUGGCGUGGCGGGACAAGUGAUCUCUGUGGACCAAUCCCAGCAGGUGUAUGUUGCCCUGGGAGACACGGAGGACGGUCACUCCAGCACGGAGGUGAUGGCAGUCACCAUGGAGGAUUUGUUGAACGGAACCGUCACUUUCAUCUGUGGGGAGGGCCAGUGACCCCUAACCUCUGACCCCUGGUCUCUACUUCCUGGUGAAGGAUGAACUGUCCUAGCAACAGUGGGCAGCUUGGAAUGAAUAAAACUAACUUAUGCUACACCAAGGGACACUGAGACUGGUUUUGUAUCCUGUUUGAUCUGUAAAUAUUGAGGUGUUUAAGUAGAUACACUAAGCAACGAAGCGUAACCUCUGAACCCUCAGUAUUGGUGUCUUUUUAGAAUCCAUAAUAAUAUUUACCUACAGUAUAAUGAUUCCUCACAAACAGAUCAUGUGAUUCAAGGUUUUUAUUUAGACAUCAGCAGGUUCACAGCAACCGUAGAGUUCUGGGUCAUGUCCAGGAAGCAUAAAAUGGGAGAUAACAUUGUCAGGAGGUACAACCUCUUGCAUGUGCCUCUUUAAAACAACCCUCGAUUACGGACCAUGAAUAAAUACUCAGCUCAUCCAAUGAACACACAAGGUAGAAGUUACCCUCAAACACAGAUCUAGGAUCAGAUUUCCCUACACCCAAUAUCAAAAUAUCAAUGCUAACCAAUAGGGGGAUGAGAAAAUAUUUUCUCCUGUAUCAGUGGUUAGAGGCCACUUCCUACUCCAAUGAGCACAGAGUUUGAAGGUCAUAGCCCUGAGUAGAAUAGCAUUGAAGAAAUAAACCUUUAAACACCUGAAGACACAUUUGUUCAUAGGUGCUCAGAAGUGAAAACUAGGCAGACUGGGUGAAAGGACUCACACUGUGUACUUGUUGCAGUCGGAAAAUAAAUAUAUUCUGCAAGUAUACAGUGUGAGUCCAUUCGCCCAAUUCCCUGAACUCAAACAUGACACAGACUCAUACCAUAUAACUAUUAGCGCAUAUAGAUUUUUUUUUUUGAUUAUGUCUCUUACUAUGUUAUUCCAUUUUUGUGUGACGUUUGACUUAAUUACCCUUUAUCAAAGUAUAAAAAUGGACCAACAACAUGCUGGUAUUUGGUCACGAUUCCUUUAAAAUGUUUUGACCUACUGAAUAAGACUGGGAGAAGUUUAAGCAUCGUGCUGGUACAUCCAAUAGGCCUUUGUGUGCCAGGGGUUUCUAGCUAAUACCUUCAUUCAGAAAAUGCUAAUACUUUCCGAUGACACACACACACACACACACUUCUCCCGUUGAUGGUGGACAAGACAUAGUACACAGGUUUUAAAAAACAUGCCAUUUUUUUUAAACGCGUCAUAGUGGCUAAUGUUCAGUAACAUAUAGGCUGACGACACAGAAGAAUCAUAAAACAAAA